AGAACAUGAAGAAUUUAUAGGUUGUAGAGAUCCAGUAAGCAUGAGCAUAUUGGUUUAGCUGUGAAUCAAUCUCUUUCCUUUUUCUUUCUUUUUUUCUUUCAAUUUUCUUUUCCUUAAUAUUCUCUCUUUCACAUGUCUUCUUAUUGAAAUCUCAUUUCUCUUUCCUUUUUCUCUCUCUAUGUUUCAGUUUCAGCAAUGAAUCAUGACCUCCAUUUUUGCUUUUCUUCUUCUUCUUCUUCUUCUUCUUCAUUCUUCUUGCAAUGGACUCAAUUUUGAUGGGGUUCUCUUACUUUCAUUUAAAUAUGCUGUUUUGGAUGAUCCGCUGUUUGUUCUUCAGAAUUGGAAUUACUCCGAUGAGACUCCGUGUUUAUGGCGAGGAGUUCAAUGUUCCGACGAUGGUUCUAGAGUUACAGGUUUGUCCCUUCCCAAUUCUCAGCUAAUGGGAUCUGUUUCUUCUGAUCUGGGUUUGAUUCAAAAUCUUCAAACGCUUGAUCUUUCCAAUAAUUCCUUCAAUGGGUCUCUCCCUCAGUCUCUGUUCAAUGCCACCAUGCUCCGGUUUCUUGAUUUGUCGGAUAAUUUAAUUUCCAGUGAGGUUCCUGUGCCGGUGGGUAGCCUUGCGAAUCUUCAAGUUCUCAACCUUUCCGGAAAUGCUCUGUUCGGGAAGUUUCCGAGUGAUUUCGUGAAUUUGGGGAAUCUCACGGUUGUGUCUAUGAAGAACAAUUACAUUUCCGGUGAAAUUCCCGGUGGGUUUAAGACAGUGGAGGUUUUGGAUCUGUCUUCCAAUUUGAUUAAUGGGUCUUUGCCGGCUGAUUUUGGUGGCGAUAGUUUACAUUACUUCAACAUCUCAUACAACAAACUUACCGGCCAAAUUCCGCCGGAUUUCGCCCAUAAAAUUCCGGCUAACGCCAUAAUUGAUCUCUCCUUCAACAAUCUCACCGGUGAAGUCCCUGUUUCUGACGUGUUCAUGAAUCAAGAAGCAAACUCCUUCACCGGAAACCGUCAACUCUGCGGUGAGUUAACGAAAACCCCAUGCCCAAUUACUUCAUCGCCGUCGUCUCUUCCUCCGGCAAUCGCCGCCAUUCCGUUAGACCCAAGUACUCCAGAAACAACCUCGCCGGAAAAACAGAGCGAAACAGGGUUUAAACCUUCUACAAUCGUUGCCAUUGUUUUAGGAGACAUCGUCGGAUUAGCAAUUCUCUGCCUCCUGUUCUUCUACGUCUUCCAUUUGAAGAAGAAAAACAAAGCCGUCGAAACCCAUUUGAAAAAUGAAGUCAAUUUAGCAAAAGACAGUUGGUCCACAUCCUCAUCGGAAUCCAGAGGAUUUUCCCGAUGGUCCUGUUUGAGAAAAACAGGGGAUCCAGAAGAGGCAAACUCCGACCAAGCGAGUGUCCUAUCAUUCUCCGGCCACCAUGAUACGGCGGAAGAAGGAGGAGAAGCCAACAAAAGAGGAACAUUAGUAACAGUUGACGGUGGAGAGAAGGAGCUCGAGCUCGAUACUCUCCUAAAAGCAUCAGCGUACAUUCUCGGCGCCACCGGAUCGAGCAUUACAUACAAGGCGGUGCUCGAAGACGGGACGGCGUUUGCCGUGAGAAGAAUCGGAGACGGCGGAGUGGAAAAGUAUAAAGAUUUCGAGAAUCAGAUUCGUGGUGUGGCUAAAUUAGUUCAUCCAAAUUUGGUUCGAGUUCGUGGAUUUUACUGGGGUGUUGAUGAAAAGCUCAUUAUUUAUGAUUUUGUUCCGAAUGGUAGCCUUGCAAAUGCUCGUUACAGGAAAGUGGGCUCUUCGCCUUGUCAUCUUCCAUGGGAGGCCCGAUUGAGGAUUGCAAAAGGAGUCGCCCGUGGCCUUUCUUAUCUCCACGACAAGAAGCAUGUUCAUGGCAACUUAAGGCCCACCAACAUUCUUUUGGGCUUCGAUAUGGAGCCUAAGAUAGGCGAUUUCGGUCUCGAGAAGCUCUUUUUAGGCGAUUCCUGCUAUAAACCAGGUGGCUCCACUCGAAUUUUCGGAAGUAAACGGUCUACUGCUUCUCGAGAUAGCUUCCAAGACUAUGUCACUGGACCAAGUCCUGGACCUAGCCCGAGCUCGAUCAGUGGGGUGUCACCAUACUUGGCACCAGAGUCACUUCGAAGCCUGAAGCCAAAUUCGAAAUGGGAUGUGUAUUCAUUUGGUGUGAUAUUGCUUGAACUACUAACAGGAAAGAUCAUAGUGUUGGAUGAGUUAGGGCAAGGGCUUGGUCUUGCUAUGGAAGACAAGAGUCGAACACUAAGAAUGGCUGACAUGGCGAUUAGAGCUGAUGUGGAGGGAAGAGAAGAAGCAUUGUUAUCUUGCUUUAAAUUAGGAUAUAGUUGUGCAUCUCCUGCCCCACAAAAGAGACCAUCCAUGAAAGAAGCAUUGCAAGUUUUGGAGAAAUUUCCAACCCUAUCGGUGUCAUCACACUAUUAUGUUCUCUAGGGGAAAAAGUGCAAAUAAUGUAGAGGAGGUGUUUGUGUUAUUAACUCACAGUCCCAUGUUUGUAAGUGUGUGUGUGUGUGAUUGAUGUAUUGAAUAGAUUAGCAUUUGUUAUCUCUUAUGAUCCACUAAUAUUUUUUUUAGUACAAUUGCAUUUUUGCUUCUUAUA